GUCAUCAAACAACAAAAAAGGAAAAAGAAAAAGAUGUUAACUUUAGCACAACUUAUAUCUCUUCAUCAAUGGUGGCUUUGGUGGAGCUUUACGCAAAACCCAACUUUCACCCAACCAAAGAUUCUCUUAUUUAUUUAUUCUUUAGAUGGAGAAAUGGAAGGAAGAGAUAGGUAGCUAGCCUAGCUUUUCCUUUCAUUUUCUUGGGGUGUUUCGAGGGAAUAAAAUGGUAAACCCUGGAUUUUUUACAUGAAACCCGGAUCGAGUUUGGUUAUAGAAAUCAUUCCUUUAUAUUUUCUUUUGCAAAAUAUUCUGGUUGAUUUUACUUGAUAAUCCAAAAACCGGGAAAAAAUUCAUGGGAAACAUCGGAAGUAGCCGAGUGAAUGGCCGGAGAAGACACGGAAGCCGGCGGAACCACCCUCCUCCUCCACCGCCUCCUCCUCCGGCUCAGCCGCUAACUGAAAUCCCCGCCAACCGUUACGUCUUUGCCGCCGCAACCCCUUACCCGCCCCAAUACCCGAACACCAACCCGCCCCAGUACUACCAAUACCCAGGGUACUACGCCCACCAGCCGCCCGCGCCGUUUCCGCUUCCGGCGCCCUACGAUCAUCAUCAUCACCAUCACCAUCGAGCUGGCCCCCACAUAGAACCCGCCAAUUGGGGUCGGUAUGCUUAUGGACCGAUGAUGCCACCGCCGCCGGUGCCGUAUAUAGAGCAUCAGAAGGCGGUUACGAUAAAGAACGACGUUAAUUUGAAGAAGGAAACUUUGAAAUUCGAAGCUGAUGAGCUGAAUCCAGGGAAGUACUUGGUUUCUUUCACGUUUGAUGCCACUGUUGCUGGAAGGAUGACUGUUAUUUUCUUUGCAAAAGAAGGUGAAGACUGUAAUCUGACAGCAAUGAAGGAAAGUAUUCUACCCCCAGUGAUCGUACCAUUCGAACAAGGUCUAGGACAGAAGUUUAGAUUGCCCUCUGGAACAGGGAUCGAUUUCUCUAUGUUCGAGGAGUUGGAACUACUCAAACUAGAUGAAGUCGAUAUCUAUCAUCUGGCCGUGAAAGCAGAGGCAUCUCCUCUCGUCGAGAAUGUGUCGGAUGGUAACCCAGGCUCGGGAUCCAUGAAUUCUCAGAUAACUCGGGCAGUGCUCGAGAAGGACAAGGACGAAUACCAGACGAGAGUAGUGAAACAGAUUCUGUGGGUGAACGGGAUGAGGUAUGAACUGCAAGAAAUAUACGGGAUUGGAAAUUCAGUCAAAAACGACGUGGAUGCAAACGAUAGUGGAAAAGAAUGCGUUAUUUGCCUUUCGGAACCACGGGACACAACUGUUCUUCCCUGCAGACACAUGUGCAUGUGCAGCUCUUGUGCAAUGGUUUUGAGAUGCCAGACGAAUCGGUGCCCGAUCUGCAGGCAGCCGGUCGAGAGGAUUUUGGAGAUAAAGGUCAACAACGGCACUGAUGAAUGAGACCUGUAUAGUAUUUUGUUACAUUUAUGCCAAAGCCUUUCAAAUAAUCGGAACAGGAAGUUAUAAUCAACUACAUAACAUGGUAUGAAGAAGAUGCUGUAAUUUCACACUCAAUAUAUCCAGUCCAAUAGAUACCAUCUUGUUUGAUGGGCCUUCAAAAAUAGGUUAUUAAAACAUAUUGUAUGAGACUUGAAAAGCUCUGAUUUGA